UGAAUAUAGCAGAGUUAGAUUUGACAAUGGAGAAGAAGCUGUUCCAAGCUUUGAAUUUUCUCAUUUUGCUACUCACAAUAGCACAGGCAAUAAGGGCUGAAGCAGAUAAUCAAUAUGGUGGUUAUAAUUCUCCGCUGUAUUCUUACUACGCGCCACCACCACAAGCCUAUCAACCACCAGGUCCACCUCUAACACCACCCCGUCAUGAACGACCGCCACCAUCUCACCCUCAGCAGCCACCCCAUCAUGGUCACCCACCGCCCACUCACUAUAGUCCUCCACCAUCUCAUGGCCACCAGCCACCCACGCAUAGGUGUCCCCCACCCGCUCCACCACCGUCUCAUGGCCACCAGCCACCCAGUCAUAGGCAUCCUCCACCGUAUCAUGGAUAUCAGCCACCAACUCACCGGCAUCCACCUCAUAAAUAUACCCCACCACCUUCUUCCCACGGACAGCCACCACCACCAUCAUUCUCACCACCUCCAAUUUCAUAUGGGCAGCCACCUCCGCCUCCAGUAUACUCUCCUCCUCCUCCAGCAUACUCCCCCCCUCCUCCUCCACCAAUAUAUUCAUCACCUCCGUCACCUGUAUACUCUCCUCCUCCUCCAGUAUAUUCUCCACCUCCGCCAUUACACUCUCCUCCUCCUCCAGUAUAUCCACCACCUCCGCCGCCAGUAUACUCUCCUCCUCCACCAGUAUAUUCACCACCUCCUCCACCAGUGUACUCACCACCUCCUUAUGACCGGUCACCACCUAGCUAUUCAACGCCGCCUCCUCACCAUGGACAGUCGCCUCCAACACCUCAUCAUCACCGUUCACUGCCAAAGCACAAACCCCCACCAAUCCAUUCACCUCCUUUUCGUGGAAAACCACCACCAACACCAUAUCACCACCGUUCACCACCAAAGCACAAGCCACCGCCUCCUCCAUACUAUGGGCCACCACCACCCCAAUACCCACCCUCCCCAUAUGCUCCUUACACUCCUUAAUUUGCCGCCAUGGAGUCAAGUGGACUACAGACUAUCAAGUAUAUCAAUCUGCAGUUUUAGUUUAUUAUGAGCUGACUCUUUUUUCGUAAUUUCUAAUCUUCCAAGAAUGUUUACCAAAUCCUGAAUAAUCAUAAAAAUUAUAAUACAAUAAUUGUACUAAUCUCCUGUUUCUUAGUUUA